AUGGGUGAAAUGCCGUCGUCGGACACAUCAUCCGGCAGCUGGUCUGAAAGCGACACGGAUGAUUCUAUGUCCUCAACUUCUAUGGCAAAUGAAUGCUCUUCUUCCUCGGAGGGCAGGAGUGAGCCUACGGACGAAGAAGUUGGUUUAACGGCAGUAGUUGAGGAGGAAGAUCCAAGUCCUCGUGAAAGUUUGCGAAAGUGGGCUUUACGGUCUAAAAUUCCGCAUUCCCACUUGAACGAUCUCCUCAAGGCUCUGAAACCGUGGUUGCCUGACCUACCUGCUGACGCACGAACGCUGUUGGGCGCAAAAUACUUCUCUGCACCGAGCACGGCAAUGGUCAGCGGUGAGUACGUGCAUUUGGGUCUUCCCACUCAGGUCAACGCACAGUUGCGUAAUUUAGCUCUCCCCCCUUCGGUAGAUGAAGUCGUUGUGAGCCUAGCAAUAGACGGUCUUCCAAUCCAUAGGAAGACCAAACGUGAAUUUUGGCCUAUUUUAGGCAGAAUUAGGAAGCCAAUAUUAAGUAAUGUCUUCACUGUAGGUAUAUAUUGUGGAGUAGGUAAGCCGUCGGACGUGCAGGCGUUCUGCAAACCACUCGUCGACGAUUUAAUGUCGUUGAACGAAGACGGUUUGCUGCUCGAUGGGGGUGACAGAAGUCUGCGCUUCCGUCUGGCUUCCGUCAUCUGUGGCGCUCCAGCAAGAGUUUUCAUAAAGCAGAUUAAGAAUGUCAAUGCUUACUAUGGCUGCGAACGUUGUUGCGUUAAGGGGGAGUACAUCGAUAAGAUAGUUUAUGAUAGUGUUUCCGAACAUGCUAGGACAGAUGAGGAUUUUUUUUCAAGGGACGAUGACUGCCACCGCAUUGGCGUAUCGCCAUUGCUGGCAUGCAACGUGGGAAUGGUAAGCUCAUUCCCUUUAGAUCCUUUGCAUUUGGUUUACCUCGGUGUAAUGAGAAGACUGCUCAACUUGUGGCUGCGCAGCCCUAGGGGCAGUGCAUAUAGGCUGUCUACAUCGGAGGUAUCCACUAUAAAUAAGAACUUGCGCGCGUUGAACUCGUACCUACCGAGGGAAUUUUCACAGCGCGCUAGGUCAUUAAACGACCUGGACACAUGGAAGGGCACAGAACUGCGCCAAUUUUUGUUGUACACUGGCGUAGUUGUUCUUUAUGCUGUGCUUCCACGCAAGUUUUGGAAGCACUUCUUACUGCUUUUUACAGCAGUACGCUGCCUAGUACGGCCUCGCUCUUGCAGACACUGGGUCCCGUUUUGUCGCCGCAUAUUACGCAUGUUCGUCGAUAAAUUUGCUUCUUUGUACGGUAGGAAGGAAAUGGUGUAUAAUGUUCACAGCAUCGUGCACUUGGCGGACGAUGUAAAACGACAUGGUCCGCUGGACGCUUUUUCAUCGUUCCCCUUCGAAAGUUACCUAGGUAGGUUAAAGCGUCUGCUGAGGAAACCAUCCCAGCCACUGCAACAAGUAGUGCGUAGGUUAGGGGAAUUGCAGUCAGUGCCAAGUGAUGUCCACCUUCAGCUGGAGUGUACGUGUAAACAACAGCAUACAGAUGGACCAUUAGCGCAGCAUCAUGGUGCAUUUACACAAUUUAAAUGUAUUCAAAUGGGUAACUUAGUCAUUAGUACUACAAUUGCUGAUGGCUCAGUGGCCAUCGAUGAUAAACUAGUUAGGAUUAGAAAUAUAGUGCGAUAUGCAUCUGUCUCCUAAUCGUUCAAGUAAGUCUUCGGUUUGGCUAUUACUUAUAUAAAUUUCAGAUGGAGGGCAUGUAACUAGCUCCCCCAAACAGAAGCGAAGAAGAGAUGAGCAAUCAGUUGCCCACCGGAGACAUAGGCAUCAUAAGAAACGAUCUCAUUUGACAGCCUCCGGUAUAAAGGAAAUACUGGCUAGGCAAAGAGAACUAAAAGCCCAGAUGGAAGCAAUUAUGGAGGUUAUUCGUCACCUGGCGGCAUCCAACUCACUGCCGUCAGUAGGUUACAUGUAACCUACUCCUGAAUCUGCGCAGAUUCCAGCGCCGGAAUUCCUCCCAGUGAUGUCUCUAUUUCUGGUACCUAGGUACUUUACGCUCUUCCUCUGCAUUACUAAAGGUGGAUGUGCUCUAUCUUUCCCGCUCGUUAGUUUGUGGCCAUGCUCAUUCGAACAGUAAAUGUCUGUCAUAUAAGGCGACUUCGAAAUUUGCCACGACUAGCCAACUCUCGCUCUCAAAAACAUUUUCUAUUCAAGAGUUAGGUUUAGACACUAACGGACGCAUCGGACACAGUUUAUCACCACAUCUUUGCAGCAUCCACCGGCUUCAUAAGAACAAAGAUUAACUGGGAACGAAAUAAUGUAUAGUGCCUGUCGCAGCACUAUUGCCUUAAGCUUCUGCGCCCGAGUCCGUCUAUAAUCGUCCUGACUCCGUCUUGCCGUUGAGCCACUGCGAGUGAGAUAGAAGGUGGGGCAGUUUCUAUACAAAUUUACUUAGAUUGUCAUCCAGCACAUGCCCAAGUCAUCGCCUCCAUUCGUCACCUUGUGGGACACAUGUUGGAUAUAGUCGUUCUCGAUGGUGAAAAUUUCGUUGGCGUUUUCGGGGAUGCAUUUCGUGCUGCGGAGGAAUGACAGCGAAACAGAGUGCCUCGAAUACAUCUCGCCACACUCUCAUUUCACCAAGAACAGGGCAGUUUGCAUACACCCGAUUUCGUGCGUUUGCUUAUACAUCAUGCUCACGCCAUUUUCGCUUGUUCACGUCAAGUGUUCUCGUUUCACUCGCCCGUCCAUUUUAAACAGACGCCACAUCUUGCCGAAACAGGUGUCAGAACAUCAAUCAAGUAUGCCCUGACGCUGCAUCUAGGAGUUCAUCUGUCAACCUAACUCCCAAAUCCGCGAUUUAGUGGACACGAGCUACAAAUAUGUGAUUGUCUGUAAUUGCAGCAAGAGACGCGCCUAGUCAAUCUACCUUUAACGGAGACUAGUCCUGGGAUGAUCUUAAUAUCUAUAGGCAAACUCGACGAAGAUGCUUAGCGUACAUAAAAGCAAUGAGGAAAUAUGGAAAAUAGGCCUAAAUCAUGUAAAAGACGUGAAACCUAUGUGAUAAGUUAUACGGCCAGGCACCAGAGUAUACAGUGCACUCGUUAUCAAAAUUCGCUUCCUAAUCUAAUCGUCACUCUUCUUCUCUACCUUCAGUUCCAUCUACGUCUUCUGGACUGGUUUUCUCAACUUCCUCAGUCUUCAAUUGCUGCCACGUGCGGCCUAGUGUGAUUAAGAAUUUGAGUGGAUAA